AUGGAGAAGCAGAAAGAGAGCAAGCUCUGUUGCAGAGUGGUAUUAUUUCCACAGCCAUAUACAGGCCACAUAACCCCAAUGCUGAACCUGGGAAACGCCCUUCACUCUAAGGGCUUUUCCAUCACUGUUAUUCACACCCAUUUCAACUCUCCGGAUCCUAUUGAAUUCCCCAACUUCAACUUUCACUUCAUUGAAGAUGUCCUGUCAAAAGCUAAAACGCCUUUGUCAGGUUCUUUGGAUACCAUAACUAUCCUUAAUAAGAACUGUUUGGAGUCUUUCCAGAAUUGCUUAUCCCAGAUUCUGGAGGACGCAUUCAAGGACAAGGAGCCAGUUGCAUGCUUGAUAUCAGACCCUUUGUGGGAGUUUGCAGGGGUAGUUGCUGACCAACUCAACCUCCCAAGGCUGGCGCUAAGAACUGGCGGCCUGUUGGCUUCCGUUCUGUAUGAAUCAUUGCCACUACUGCAGGAAAAAGGCUACUUCCCCCUCCAAGAUACUCAAAAAGAAGAACCAGUGUUGGAGGUUCCACCUCUUAAAGUAAAAGACCUUCCUCCGGAGGUACAUCAUGAUGUAUUACUUAGCAUGGUUAAAGAAACCAAGAAUAACUGUCAGGGUAUCAUCUGCAACACAUUCAAGGAACUUGAAGGGUCAAUACUGGACAGAGUUCGUGGAAAUUUUCUUGCUACGCCUAUCUUCCUGAUAGGUCCACUACACAAAAUCUCUCCAACUUCUACGUGUAGAAAAGUCACUCAAGACCAAAGUUCCAUAACUUGGCUAAAUAAACAAGCACCAAAUUCAGUACUCUAUGUCAGCUUUGGAACUCUUGCAGCAAUAAGCAAGGAACAAUUCUUGGAAGUGGCUUGGGGACUGGCCAAAAGCCAGCAGCCCUUUCUCUGGGUGACUCGACCCAGGCUGAUCAAUGGGUCAGAGAAAAAUGAUGACUUGUUUCCAGAAGAUUUUUUAGAGAUAGUGAACAGGAGGGGCCACAUUGUCUCAUGGGCACCACAGCAACAGGUUUUGGCUCAUCCUGCCAUUGGAGGAUUCUGGACUCACUGUGGGUGGAAUUCAACCAUCGAGAGCAUUUGUGAAGGGGUACCCAUGAUUUGCCUUCCAUUUUUUGGCGAUCAAAAGAUGAAUGCUAGACACAUAAGCGAUGUUCUGAAGAUUGGAUUGCAGUUGGAAAAGGAACUUGAGAGACAAGAAAUAGACAGGGUGAUCAGAAGAUUAAUGGUGGAAAAGGAAGGCCAAGAGAUGAGAGAAAGAAUAACUGCUUUGAAAGAGAAAGCAGAGUGUUGCCUCAUGAAAGGAGAGUCUUCAUAUGAAUCAUUUGAUAGACUGAUUAGUCACAUUUUAUCAUUUUGUGGUGUUGAAAAAAUGAGGAGUUAAAUAACCUCAGACAACGUCAGAGAAUCAGCAAAUAAAUGGUGGAUCAUGCACCGGAUCUCGUUUAUUUCCCCUUGACAUAGCGUCCCUAUGUAUUGUAUAUGCAACUAGUUUUUCUCAUUUCAAACAGAAAAAUCAAAAUAUAUAGUUUCUCUCUUCAA